ACGGCAAGUGCCAGGCCAUCGAGAUCCCGAUGUGCAAGGACAUCGGCUACAACAUGACCCGCAUGCCCAACCUGAUGGGCCACGAGAACCAGCGCGAGGCCGCCAUCCAGCUGCACGAGUUCGCGCCGCUGGUGGAGUACGGCUGCCACCGCCACCUCCGCUUCUUCCUGUGCUCGCUGUACGCGCCCAUGUGCACCGAGCAGGUCUCCGCCCCCAUCCCCGCCUGCCGGGUCAUGUGCGAGCAGGCCCGGCUCAAGUGCUCCCCGAUCAUGGAGCAGUUCAACUUCAAGUGGCCCGACUCGCUGGACUGCAGCAAGCUCCCCAACAAGAACGACCCCAACUACCUGUGCAUGGAGGCGCCCAACAACGGCUCAGACGAGCCCUCCCGGGGCUCCGGCCUCCUCCCGCCGCUCUUCCGGCCGCAGCGGCCGCACGGCGCGCAGGAGCACCCGCUGCGGGACGCGGGGCCGGGGCGCGCCGGCUGCGACAACCCGGGCAAGUUCCACCACGUGGAGAAGAGCGCCGCGUGCGCGCCCCUGUGCGCGCCCGGCGUGGACGUGUACUGGAGCCGCGGCGACAAGCGCUUCGCCGUGGUCUGGCUGGCCGUGUGGGCCGUGCUCUGCUUCUUCUCCAGCGCCUUCACCGUGCUCACCUUCCUCGUCGACCCCGCUCGCUUCAGGUACCCCGAGCGCCCCAUCAUCUUCCUCUCCAUGUGCUACUGCGUCUACUCCGUGGGCUACAUCAUCCGCCUCUUCGCCGGCGCUGAGAGCAUCGCCUGCGACCGCGACAGCGGGCAGCUCUACGUCAUCCAGGAGGGGCUGGAGAGCACCGGCUGCACCCUCGUCUUCCUGGUCCUCUACUACUUCGGGAUGGCCAGCUCGCUGUGGUGGGUGAUUCUCACGCUCACCUGGUUCCUGGCCGCCGGCAAGAAGUGGGGCCACGAGGCCAUCGAAGCCAACAGCAGCUACUUCCACCUGGCGGCCUGGGCCAUCCCGGCCGUGAAGACCAUCCUGAUUCUGGUGAUGCGCCGCGUGGCCGGGGACGAGCUCACCGGCGUGUGCUACGUGGGCAGCAUGGACGUGAACGCGCUCACCGGCUUCGUGCUCAUCCCGCUGGCCUGCUACCUGGUCAUCGGCACCUCCUUCAUCCUCUCGGGCUUCGUGGCGCUCUUCCACAUCCGGAGGGUGAUGAAGACGGGAGGGGAGAACACGGACAAGCUGGAGAAGCUCAUGGUGCGGAUCGGGGUCUUCUCGGUGCUAUACACCGUGCCGGCCACCUGUGUGAUCGCCUGUUACUUCUACGAGCGCCUCAACAUGGAGUUCUGGAAGGUGCUGGCCGCCCAGCACAAGUGCACGAUGAACAACCACACCAAAACCCUGGACUGUCUGAUGGCCGCCUCCAUCCCUGCCGUGGAGAUCUUCAUGGUGAAGAUUUUCAUGCUGCUGGUGGUGGGCAUCACCAGCGGCAUGUGGAUCUGGACGUCCAAGACCCUGCAGUCCUGGCAGAACGUUUGCAGCCGCAGGUUCAAGAAAAAGAGCAGGAGGAAACCGGCCAGCGUGAUCACCAGCAGUGGGAUUUACAAAAAAGCCCAGCACGCCCAGAAGUCCCGUCUCGGGAAAUAUGAAAUCCCUGCCCAGCCUCCCACCUGUGUGUGAACUGGCUCGUGGGGGGCCGGGAGGGGGUAGCCCGGACUGGAAAACUUCCCCAGACAGGACACGGUGGCAGUCAGAGCCCAAACGUGGUGCUUUUCCUGAUGGUGUCCAUGAAUAGAUCAAGAAGC